CAGUCCAUGAGGAAGAUGCUCGCCGCAGUCGUCUCCCGUGUGUUGUCGGGCGUCGCCACCCAGAAGCCUGCCAGCAGAGUGCUGGUGGCAUCCUGUAACUAUUCAAAACAGGCUACUUUUGAAAUCAAGAAAUGUGAUCUUUAUAGGUUGGAAGAGGGCCCUCCUGUCACCGCAGAGCUCACCAGGGAGGAUGGCCUCAAAUACUACCGGGUGAUGCAGACUGUUCGCCGAAUGGAAUUAAAGGCAGAUCAACUGUAUAAGCAGAAAUUUAUUCGAGGUUUCUGUCAUUUGUGUGAUGGUCAGGAAGGGUGUUGUGUUGGGCUUGAGGCAGGUAUAAGACACACGGAUCAUGUCAUCACAUCCUAUCGGGCUCAUGGCAUAUGCAUUGCUCGGGGACUUUCUGUUCGAGCAGUUCUUGCAGAGCUUACAGGACGAAGAGGAGGUUGUGCUAAAGGAAAAGGUGGAUCAAUGCAUAUGUAUGCCAAGAACUUCUACGGGGGCAAUGGCAUUGUUGGAGCUCAGGUGCCCCUGGGAGCUGGUGUUGCCCUGGCCUGUAAGUAUAAGGAAAACAAUGAGGUCUGUUUAGCUUUAUAUGGUGAUGGCGCUGCUAAUCAGGGCCAGCUAUUUGAAGCUUACAAUAUGGCAGCUUUGUGGAAAUUGCCUUGUGUUUUCAUCUGUGAGAACAACCGUUAUGGAAUGGGAACAGCUGUUGAGAGAGCAGCAGCCAGCACUGAUUAUUACAAGAGAGGCAAUUUUAUUCCUGGGCUAAGGGUAGAUGGAAUGGAUGUUCUGUGUGUCCGGGAGGCCACAAAGUUCGCAGCUGACUAUUGUAGAUCUGGAAAGGGGCCCAUACUGAUGGAGCUGCAGACUUACCGUUAUCACGGACACAGUAUGAGUGAUCCUGGAGUCAGUUAUCGUUCCCGAGAAGAAAUUCAGGAUGUAAGAAGUAAGAGUGACCCUAUUAUGCUUCUCAAAGAUAAAAUGGUAAACAGCCAGCUUGCCAGUGUGGAAGAAUUGAAGGAAAUUGAUAGUGAAGUAAAGAAAGAAAUUGAGGAUGCAGCCCAGUUUGCUAUAACUGAUCCCGAACCACCCUUGGACGAAUUAGGCCAUCACAUCUACAGCAGUAGUCUGCCUUUUGAAGUUCGUGGUGCAAAUCAGUGGAUCAAGUUUAAAUCAAUCAGUUAA